AUGUCGAUCUCCGUCCGCGUGGGUCUCAUGAGCGGGAGAGCUGUGUGGAUUAGCUGCAAAGGCAAUUGUACCGUAGGCGAGCUCCGACUCCAGGCACAGAAUGCCUUGCAAACUGGAAGUGGCAGACUGGUGAAUACUGCUUUGGAAGUGCUUCGAGAAGAAGCUACACUCGACCAAGCAGGCAUCAAGACCGGAGAGGACUUGCUCUUACACUUUCGACAACUGUCCCUGGCUUCUACUGAAAGGGGUUUUGCGGCUCUCCUCAGCGAUGGAUCUGUUGUGACUUGGGGCCAUGCUGACGAUGGUGGCGACAGCAGCUCUGUCAAAGACCAGCUCAGGACCGUGCAACAGAUCCAGUCCACAAAUCGCGCGUUCGCUGCAAUCCUUGCCGAUGGAGCCGUGGCAACUUGGGGCCACGCAGGUUGCGGUGGUGACAGUAGCUCCGUCAAGGAGCUAUUGAAGGACGUGCAGCACAUCGAGGCCACACACGAGGCGUUCGCUGCGAUCCUCAGUGACAGAUCUGUCGUGACUUGGGGUUCUGCUGGUUGGGGUGGCGACAGCAGCUCCGUUCAGGAUCAGUUGAAAGCAGUGCACCAGAUCGAGGCCACGAUUGGCGCAUUCGCUGCAAUCCUAUAUGACGGAUCUGUUGCAACUUGGGGCCAUGCUGGUUGGGGCGGUGACAGCGGCUGUGUCCAAGAUCGGCUCAGGGCCGUGCAACAGAUCCAGGCUACUAAUUACGCUUUUGCGGCGGUUCUCAGUGAUGGAUCCGUCGCAACUUGGGGCCACGCCGGUUGUGGUGGCGACAGCAGCUCUGUCAAGGCGCAGCUGAAGGACGUGCAGCACAUCGAGGCCACCAUUGGUGCAUUCGCUGCGAUCCUUAGUGAUGGAUCUGUUGUGACCUGGGGCCAUGCUGGCUGGGGUGGCGACUGCCGCUGCGUCCAGGAGCAGCUCAAAAAUGUGCAGCAGGUCCAGGCCACAAAUCGUGCCUUUGCUGCGAUCCUCACCGAUGGGUCUGUUGUGACUUGGGGCCAUGUUGGUUGGGGUGGCGACAGUCGUGCCGUUCAGGAUCAGCUGAAGGGCGUGCAACACAUCCAGGCCACAAAUCGUGCAUUUGCUGCGAUCUUGAAUACUGGAUCCAUCGUGACUUGGGGCGAUUCUACUCUGUGUAGUUACAGCAACUCGGUUCAGGAGAAGCUGAAGGACGUGCAGCAUGUCCAGGCUUCGAGCCGUGCAUUCGCUGCUAUCCUCAGUGAUGGAUCUAUCAUAUCUUGGGGUGGCGAUGCCAGGUGGGAUGGCCUGAAUUAA